AUGUACUCACUGCGAUACUACAUAGAUUCCUGGAUCGAACUGUCAUCGCAGCCUUCGUCCUCAUCAUUGUCAUCGGCAGCCACGAAUGACGAUAUCAUCACGACCGGCUUACAAGUGGAACCUCGCGAGAGAGGCAUGUAUCAGCAUCGCAGUCGGCGACGCCGUAUGCAACACUUGGCCGCGGUGGCUACGGCACAGGUCGGCUACUCGAACCAAGACGCUAGUCUCGCCAGUAGCAGUCAGGAGGAGUAUGAAGAGAGUGAAAGCGAGUCAGACCCGCCGAUGAGCAGCUCCAAUGAAGACAUUAUCACUCCAUCUAUACAACCCAACACUGUUCAUUUACCGCCCUCUCGCUGCUCCGAUGAAACCGAUAGUGACGAUGAAGACGAUACAUCCACGGCCUUGGGGAUGAACAUGAGCCCUUCCCCAUUCGUUCCUCAACCCAACGUGUUCUCCCACCCGCCUCCCACCUCAAAUCCUGCAUAUGCCCGUGCGACCGAUUCACGUCGCUCACAGCCUCCUCCAACCUCAUCGAAUCCCCGUCGGCGUCCCUCGAUCCGUCGGGAAUCAUACCCUGUCACACAGGGUUCUCGCCGAUACCAGCAUCAAUCACAUAGCCCGUACAACAUGAUCUCGCCUUCGCAUCAUGCCGACCAUGAUGCUGCUCUGCGGGCCAGCUUAUCGACGCUUCUCUCAUGCGCCGCUGCGGCGCGGGGCAUUCCCAAAGUUGAUCAGCCACGUUCCCAGGCUAGUCCACCAGCAGCGGCCCAGCCAUCCUCCUUCAGACUCGUAGGAGAGUCUGUCGCUAUGGGCGACAGAGAGGAUAGUGAGGAAGAGAGUCUACGCUCACAAAGGCAAUUCAAGCAAAGCGUAUCAGGGGAGCCGUCGAGCCGUCGACCGCAUGCAGUGUCACCGCCCAGCCCAGCCUCUUCGAAAGCGAAACGCCGAUCAGCAUCUCCCAAAGACCGCAGUGUGGCCAAGAGGAGUCGCAGGGCUAGUAUGUUCGACUCGACGGCCACUGUCACCCCGACCGUCAUGACGUGGGUCGUCAGUGCGGGGGUGGUUGUCCUAUUCUCGGCCAUCAGCUUCUCCGCCGGCUACAUGCUUGGUCGAGAGGUUGGCAGAGCCGAGGUGGGUAUAAUGGGAGAUGGCAGUGUCGCAGGAGCGCGUUCCUCUGCGGCUUGCGGCCAGGAGGCAGUGCGAGGCGGGUUCAAAAGAUUUCGCUGGAGCACCGCCGCGGCAGCGGGAUCUACUAGCUUGGUGUGA